CAACACCAAACGCACGACUUCCCGACAAUCGAGACAUCACGAAGUCACAAUGCCGUCCAACAGAUUGACAUACAGACGGAGGAACCCGUACAACACGACCUCCAACAAGGUCCGCGUUAUCAGGACUCCAGGUGGCAAGCUCCGUUACCUCCACCUCAAGAAGAAGGGUACCGCACCCAAGUGCGGUGACUGCGGCAUCAAGCUCCCAGGUGUCCCAGCUCUCCGCCCUCGCGAGUAUGCUCAAAUCUCCCGCCCAAAGAAGACCGUCCAGCGUGCAUAUGGUGGAUCGCGCUGCGCCAACUGCGUCCGUGACCGCAUCGUCCGUGCUUUCCUGAUUGAGGAGCAGAAGAUUGUCAAGAAGGUCCUUAAGGAGUCCCAGAAGGCUCGUUAAGUGUGUGGAUUGGGCUGUCUUUGUUAUGGGGUGCAAUAUCUGGGCAGGGCGACAUGAAUCAGCAUGGGGUUGCUGUAUUUAGCACAAAGCUUUCUUCGUUCCUAAUUCAGAAGAAUUCACGACCAUGACACUUU